CAAAUGGUACCCAGUCUUUAGGCAGUUUCACACAUCACCUUGACGAAACAAAGUGGUCGACAUGUCUUCCUCAAAAGUUGCAGUGGUUACUGGUGCCAAUAAAGGCAUAGGUUAUGCUAUUGUUCGAAGACUCUGCAAAGAAUUCCCAGGAACAGUAAUUUUGACAGCACGAGAUGAGCAAAGAGGCAAGGAGGCUGUCAAACAAUUAAGUGGUGAAGGACUCACAGUGUCAUUUCACCAGUUAGACAUUAUUUCAUUAGAAAGCAUUGAAAAGUUUAGAAAGUUCGUUCAGGAACAGUAUGGUGGCAUUGAUGUUCUUGUUAACAAUGCAGCAAUAGCCUACAAGAUGGCAUCUACAGCUCCAUUUACAGAACAGGUUGAAGUGACUCUGCGCACAAACUUUCAGGGCACUCUUGACGUCUGCCGUGCACUUUUCCCUCUUUUGAGACCACAUGCAAGGGUAGUGAAUGUGUCCUCCAGGGCUGGACGUUUGGCUCAGGUGUCAAAAGAAAUUCAAGAGAAGUUUACUUCUCCAACUUUGACUGAAGAAGGCCUUAUUUCCUUGCUGGAUCAGUUUGUGCAAGAUGUAAAGGAUGGCGUCCAUAAGCAGAAAGGAUGGUCCAACUCAGCUUAUGGUACAUCAAAAAUAGGUUUGACAGCUCUUAGCAAGAUACAGGCGAGGGCAUUGACAACAGAUCCAAGGGAGGACAUUUUAUUAAAUGCUUGUUGUCCUGGAUGGGUGCGGACUGAUAUGGCUGGAUCAAAGGCUCCCAAAAGUCCUGAUGAGGGUGCAGAAACACCUGUCUACCUUGCCCUCUUGCCACCAAAUGUUGGCAAACCUCAUGGGGAGUUUGUUGCUGAGAAGGCUGUGCAUGAGUGGUAACCCAGUGCACAUCAAUAGUAACCUAGUAACCUGUCUGCGCACACUUCAGAAGAGAAGUGCCAACCUGUCAUCCUGUGGCUAAAUAAGAAAAAGGCCACUAUUAAAUGCAAAAAUAUGUUGCAAUAUAUAUCCAUAGACAUUAUUUCAUUGCACAAAAUUGGGCUAUUGUUUUUAAAUCACUCUUGUUUCUUUCAUACCUUUAUCUGUGGCAGAAAGUAAAUGUGGAACAAGCAAUUAUUUUAGAGGUGUCUUUGCAUGGAAACUUUGUAGUUUGUCAGAAGAAUUGGUAAAUAAUUUUCUUUUUAGUGGUUUCAAAUUGUUUCAGUGUCAAAGAAAAGGUAGAUAGUCCAUUGUAGUGCAGGGUUCUUAACUAGUCUUUAUCAAUUAAACAGAUGUACCAGUAGUUGUAACAGGCUGUUAGUUUUUAAAAGAAUUGCCAACAAUGUUGUGAUGUGAUUAGGGAAUGAUAUUGUCAAAGAGAACAAAACUAGCAAUAAAUAGUAGAUGAUGAUAAGAGAUGAUAAAUUAUUUGAUUGCAUAUUUUGUCUUGUUUGUAGAUGUACUACUUCUUUUCUUUGUUAGCCAACACAUGUAACACAUUCCUUUGUCAAUUGCUUAAGGCUAGAAAAUCAGUGAUAAAGAACAUGUUCAGUUGAUUUAGUUUUCAUACCAAUCCUCCUAGAUGUUCAAAUGCAUGGCUGCAUUACAAUCCUUUAAUAUGUGAUUUGCACUUGUGCAAGUUCUCCCAGAACAUCUGGUUACCUGUAGAAGGUCAAAAAUCUGAAAGAAAAUAAUCACUUUAUGUUUUAACUCUUAGAUAAUCAUAAUCUUUCUUAAUAAAAAGGGUUGCACUUUUA